AUGCGUCUCCACGAGAAAUUCGGCCAUGUCUUGACAUGGAUAACACUGGUCAAUGCCCUACCAUCGCCAUCCGGACACAUCAAUGAGCCCUCGUGCCGUUUUGCGCAUCAACAUUCCCAAAAGCAGAUCCUCCAGGAUCCUACUGCUUUCAUCAAUGAUAUGCUGUAUUGGGAGGGCAAGUUCCAUCAGAACAACAUCUCAUACAACAGCAACAAUGGUAUCUCCUACGAUGGCACUAACAUCGACUGGGUGACUGGAAAGGCGACGGCCAAGCACACCUUCAGUGCUGCUAGCAAAGAGUCUCUUCAAAUCAUGCUAUAUACCCACGCUGUUGCUGGCUCUCCAGAGGCUGCUCGGUUCCUCUCGCCUGAUAACACAGCAGAGGCCCCCGAAAUUGCAGCUUCUAUUAUGCAGAAAAAGUUGCAGACUUAUCUCAAAUUCAACGAGACUUAUCCAGGCUUCGGAGGCUUCUUGCCCUGGGUCUCAGCGGAUACUCAAGAUAUGACUCCGAUGUCGGACUGGGUCAAUCGCGUGCCUGGUCUUGAUAACGGUGAACUUGUAUGGGCUGUAUAUGGUUUCAUUCAAGCCCUUGAGAACACGGGAGAUAAGAGAUAUCAAGAACUCGCGCAAAAAUGGCAGGUCUGGAUGGACUACACUAAGACUACUGCCGCCAAGUCCGCUAAUCCUCUGUCUAUUGAUCAGAUCUUUUAUAAAGGCAAUGGCCGGGUUUGUACCGUCAUUGACAUCAAAGAUCAGUCCCUCCCCGUCAACCACCCGGAUCAGUCGUAUCUAUGUGAGACUAAAGACCUCCUCGACGACCCUUUCGAAGGCGAGAUUUUCACUUUUUGGCUACAAUUCUUCGGCGGUCUGUCGAAAGCCGACAAAAAGGCGCUGUGGGAAGUUAAAAAGUCCCAGUUGGUGAGCGUUGACUACGAAAUGGGCGAGUUCGGACCUAUCACUGUCCAAAAGGGAUUUUGGUUCUCCAGUCACGAAACCUGGAAAGUAUUGGAGAUGCCCUACUAUGACAUCGACCUUGUCCGUCGUGUAUUUGCAAACGCCGAGCGAGUUCGGACCUGCAACUCAGUCGCCACGAAACUGCCCGGCAUGUUCGCCUCAAUUAACAACAUCACCGAUCCCUCCACUGGUGAUGUGACAGGCUACAUCUCCAACGCCGGUAUCCCCUCCAUCUCGAACCAGACCGUCCAGGAACUAGACGUCAUCACGCCGUAUAGUGUAUUCCCAACAAUCUUGGUCAGCAAGUCUGUCGGACUUGCCUGGUGGAGAAAUAUGGUUGCUGCUAAGAAAAUGCAGAAUAUCUAUGGCAGCACUGAAUCCACUCGUGUCGAUGGAACAGGUGUUUCUGCACUUCUGACUUGGGACAGCAAGGUCACCACGGUAGUUGCAAUUUUGGGGGGAGUGACCGAUUUUGUUCGUCAGAAGAUGAAGACAGAUGAGGUAUAUGAUGAGUUCGUGGACAUUAUUCAGGCUGAGUACUCUCGAGUCUUCACGCAUCUUAAAGGAGAAGACGUCGACUUCUGCCUCCCGCAGGAGACUGUUCCUGAUGUAGGAUUGGUCGAUUUCACUCUUUGCAAAUAG